AUGCGCAUAACCAAAAUCCUACACGAAAGUCAAGGUACAUACUUACUUGAAUCGGUGUGGCACAAAGGUUUGAAAAGGCAAGUCAAUCGUACUCAAAUCCGGAGUUUCUACCCUAUGCCAGAUCCACGUUUCAACGAGUGGUAUAAAACUGAAGUCGCUCGAGACAGAGAAUAUCAAACUACUGGCACCGCCGUUGAACAACAAAGGCGUGAUCGCUUAGAGGCUGCGGAACAGUUGGGGCUGCGUGAUGAUAAAGGACGUUUCAUUGGUGGAGAUAGGGCGCUUGGGGUUGCAGUUAGUCGCAACACUCAUGAUUGGUUAUAUCCUGGAAACGAGAUGGAUGACCUGAUUAUACCGCCUGAUGCUAUUGAAGAAACUACUGAACAGCUGAAGAAGCCUGUCGAUGACGUACGCGUAGAAACUGCCAUGCAAACCGAUUCCAUUGAAGUUGAAGGUAAGCCAAAGACAAGAAAACGUCGAAGGAAAGACGUUAAUGUUAUACUAUCGAUGUUGCCUAAGUUGUACCCGCCGGAGGUGACAUGUUAG